UACUGUGUUGCGCGUUUUGUGUAUUUCCUAGGAAGUCGAAGAAGAAGUAGUAUUUGGUAUUUUGUGUAUGUGAGCGCUUUCGCUCCGGGCACGACAAUGGCAGAAUAACGAUUUGCAACCCAGCAGCGGCGAACCCAACAGUGCAGCGGUGCAGUGCACUGGCUUUAUAUUUGGCAAAAAUGGCGUCCCUCAAAGCAACCAUCAGCACUGCUGCAGUCGACAGCAUAGCAGAAUCCCUCGACUCCUUGUCAGCCGAAGACUCCUUGCUUUUGCAGCCACAGUUACCACUGUCUGACGUGUCAGUGAUCCCUGUGCUUGCCUGCCAUGUCUCUGAGUAUGGAAGCCGGUCUGGAGGAUGUGGGGGCCCUGUUCUUGGGGUCCUCAUAUCUGAUGGCUGACCCCUUUGGCCCCCUACUGGACAAAUAUGAAGAGAAGCCUUCCUUAGAGGGGACUAUAUCUCCCCUCUCUUUCUCUUACCCUGACUCCACCUCUUCACUCCCUUCUCUCUUCCCUCCUUCCUCACCACCUUCGCUUCUGGGCAACAAGGCUGGGGAUGAACUACUGGCCCUCUCAUGGCUGUCUGAAGAGAUCCUAGAUGCUCCCGUGAGUGCAGAUAAUGGCCGAGUGGAUGCUUUCUCUGGAAUGGACUGGAUGGCAGAGAAGAUCGACCUCAAUGAAUUUGACCUGGAUUCCUUGAUUGGCUCCUGUGAUUCAGAUGAGUCUCCCAGCUCCCCAGAAGAUCUCAUUGCUUCUCUUGAGUCUGAAAUGGAUCUCGAUUCCCUUCAGUUCCCUUCUCCUACUUCCCAGGAAGAGCUGGGCCUUGCACUGCCAAGUAUCAGUUCCCUGCCCCCCUCUGAAGAUGAGUUUGAUGUCAAGUUGGAACCAGCUUCCCCAGCCCCUUCUCAGUCACCCUCACCUACUCCAUCGUUAGCCUCAAGUUUCACCUUGGAGCUGGGCAGUGAGGUGGAUGUGUCUGAAGGUGAGAAAUCGGCUCCCUCAGAAGGUGCAAGUGCACCCCAGAUAGUUCUCUCACUUCCAGCACCCCACUUUGUUGUUGUCCUGGCACCCAAAGAAGAGGAAGGAGUGUUGGGUGUGGUGCCAGUCUGCUCAGAAGACCUCUCUGAUGGUGACAGCGGGGUAGGUUCUGACACUGGCUCUCCAGAGCACAGCCCCUGUCUGAGCUCACCAGUUCUAUCAAUCAGCUCCCUGACCACAAAGCCAUACUCGCGUCCAGUACCUGCUGUGCAGUCACCAGUCACUGCCAAGGUGAAGUCCAUUUCAUCUGCUCCAAAAGGGGUGGAGAAGAAGCUGAAAAAGAUGGAGCAGAACAAGACUGCUGCCACUCGAUACCGUCAGAAGAAGAGGGCUGAACAUGACGUACUGAAUGCAGAGUGCAGUGAGUUGGAGAAGAGGAACCAGGAACUAAGUGAAAAGGCAGACUCAAUGAGUAAGGAGAUCCAGUAUCUCAAAGAUCUCAUUGAAGAGGUGCGGGCUGCAAAGAGCAGAAGAAAUAAUGUCCGUAAAGAUGCAUCGUAGAUCAAGGAAGGGCCCAAGUGGGGAACCCACCGUUCUGUAGAAUAGUGUCAUUUUACUCAAAAAAAAAAAAAAACUCCAGUGCAAGGUUCAUUUUUCAGGGUUAAUUUGCCAGCUUUUCCCAGUUUCCUCUACAUUUUGUAGCUCUCCAUUUGUUUAUUCUGAAUGUCCAGUAAGGGGUCACAUUUCACACCUUUGUUUUGUACAGUGCAUUACUUGAAUUUAUUUAAUAUGAGCAGUUUCUGUACAUAGUACAUGUAGUGCCACUGUUUGCUUGUAAAACGCAUCUUUUCUAAUAAAGCUUUCCUGAGACAA